UGCACCAUCAACUCAACUUGAGGGUCAUUCAUAUGCAGGGCGGCUUACAGAAGAAGAGAAAAAAAUAUUGAAUACAAUGUCUAAUAAUCUUGUGAAGCCUAGAAAUAUUUUGAUGGCUAUAAAGGCACAGGACCAUAGAAACGCAACUACUAUCAAAACUAUAUAUAAUGCACGUCAAAGAUAUAGACUUAUAGAGAAAGGUGGUCGAUCACAAAUGCAACAGUUGAUGAAGAAAUUAGGAGAAUGUAAUUAUGUGGAAUGGCAUAGAUGUGAGAGAUCAACAGAUUGUAUUACAGAUUUAUUUUGGGCUCAUCCGAUGGCUAUAGAGUUAUUAAAGGUAUUCCCCCAUGUUUUAAUAAUGGAUUGUACAUACAAAACUAAUAGGUACAGAUAUCCACUGCUUCAGAUUGUUGGUGUAACAUCCACUGAAUUGACUUUUCCUGUUGCAUUUGCAUUCAUGGAUCAUGAAUACGAGGAUAACUAUACAUGGGCAAUGGAAAGAUUACAGAGUUUGAUGGGAUCUAAUAUAUUUCCGAGAGUAGUUGUUACGGACAGAGAAUUAGCAUUGAUAAAUGCAAUACAUAAAGUGUUUCCAAAUGCUACCACUUUAUUGUGUAGGUGGCAUAUAUCAAAAAAUGUACUCGCUAAUUGUAAGAAGUUCUUCGAUAGAAAAGAGACAUGGGAGAAGUUUAUAUUAGAUUGGCAGCUUGUUAUGUUUGCCUCAACUGAGAAUGAAUAUGAACGUCGGCUUCAUGACUUAACAGUUGAGUAUCAUAUAUAUGACAAUGCACUUGAUUAUGUGAGAAAUGCAUGGUUGAAUAAUUAUAAGGAAAAGUUUGUUGCAGCGUGGACAAAUAAGAUAAUGCAUUUUGGGAAUGUUACUACUAACAGGGCUGAGAGUGCGCAUGCGAAGCUGAAAAGACAUCUUGGAUCAUCUCAAGGUGAUUUUGAGUCAUCAUGGACAAUCAUCAACUCUCUUAUUGAGUUACAGCAUACUGAGAUCAAAGGAUCGUUUGAGAAGAGCUUAACAUUGGUGCAACAUAAUUUCAAACCAGAAAUUUUCAGAGAACUACGAGGUAUUAUCUCUAGAAAUGCAAUGAAUAUGGUGUUAAAGGAAACACAGAUAGCUCAGAAAAUUGGGGUGGAUAAGAUUUCAUGUGGAUGUGUGAUAAGAAGUACACAUGGUUUGCCUUGUGCACAUGAAAUUGCAGAGUUCAUCAUUCAAGGACGACCAAUUCCCUUAUCAGUUGUGCAUUCAUGCAGACUAGUUGUGAUGAAGAUAUCUCAUCUCUACUGAUGAUUGAGCCAGAGAUAGAUACCAUAUAUAAGAAGUUUCAAUUAGAAUCAGAGGCAGGUAAAUUGGUAUUGAAACAAAAGUUGAGAGAAUUAGUUGAUCCUGCUACAACUUCAUUGAUGGCACCAAGUGUUAAAGUUAAAACAAAAGGUAAGCCAUCCUCAAAGAAAAAAUAUCACUUUGAUAGUUCUACCAAGCGUGAUCCAUCUUAUUUUGAAAUAGUACAGUCGUCUCAUGAUAAUACAACCCCAGUAAUACAGAGUUCAAGUAAGAUAGGGAAGGAAUGUAAGCAUUCAAAAUCUCGUGUGAAUGUGAAAUAUAGAUUGCGAGGUUAUGAUGAUUCUUUUCCACCAAACGUACAAUAUUUCAUACACAAUAUUGUGAAUGUAGAUUCUGAUGGACAUUGUGGGUUUCGUGCCAUUGCGGCAUUACUUGGCAUGAGUGAGCAAAAUUGGGGAGAUAUUCGUCUUAACCUGAUUGAAGAGUUACAUGUUUUUCGUGCUGAGUAUUCACAAUUAUAUGGAUCUAAUAUGUGUGUAGAUGAGUUAAUACAUGCACUCUCUUGCUUUGAGUCUGUUGCACCUCCCCAGCACUGGAUGACAUUACCUGACAUGGGACAUUUGAUUGCUUCAAAGUAUAAUGUGGUCUUGAUCCAUUUGUCUAGACUUCAAUGUCUUACCUAUCUUCCGCUGAGAUCAGUACC